CAUCGACUGUCAGUGUCCCAUUCAGUCGUCAUUCGUCUGCAGAGCAAGUGCAGACCCAAAGGAUUUGAACUUCUGCCCGGUCGAUGAGCUGCUAUCACGCGUAUAGAUAGCGUCCCCGACGUCGCCGCGAGCAUGACGCACUCCGACGGGUACGCGUCUGACCGGGCCCGGGCCCUGUCAGUGUCAGCCUGUGCACCCCAAGCGCAUCUCGUCCUCUCCCACCAUGGUCCUCACCCUCCACCACCUGAACGCGUCGCGCUCACAGCGCAUCCUAUGGCUUCUCGAGGAGCUCGAAGUGCCAUACGAGAUCAAGAAGUACGAGCGUGAGGCGACGAAGCAGGCGCCCAAGGCCCUCAAAGAGGUCCAUCCGAUUGGGAAGUCGCCCAUCAUCACGGACGGGGACAUCACCCUUCCUGAGAGCGGCGCCAUCGUCGAGUACAUCAUCAAAAAAUACGGCGAGGGGAAGGUGCACACGCCCACUGAGGGCAAGGCCCUGGCGGAUGAGCUGUACUACAAGCACUCUGCAGAAGGCUCGCUCAUGCCGCCUGUCGUCAACCAGUACAUCGGCACACUUGUCCCCGCGCAGACGCCCUUCUUCAUCCGUCCGGUCGUGAACAUGUUGUUUGACAAGCUCAACGAAAUGAUCUACAAGCCGGCCAUUCAGGCGCAAGUGGCCAUCAUUGACGAGCAUCUCGGGAAGAAUGAGUGGUUUGCUGGCGGCGAUGCUCCCACUGCCGCCGACUACAUGAUGAUCUUUCCGCUCGAGGGCUUGCCUCGCUUCGGGCAGUCGACGCCCAACAUCGACGCGUAUGUCGCGCGCGUCCAGAAGAGGCCUGCCUAUCGUCGGGCCAUCGAGCGUGGUGGUCCCUAUCCCUACGACUACCAGUCGGAGGAGAACAAGCAGAAGGCGGCCGCUCUCUGAUAAACUACGAGCACAUGUCUACAUUGUACUAUAAACAUUGGCAAGGGGCUGGACAAACAUUGUAACUGCAUGGGUGGAAUGUCGUACUAAGAGAGGCAAUAGGAACUGUAACCCUGUAUAAAUGGGACGCAAACUUCACGGAUGUCUACCUGGUACUAUCCUC